AUGGCAUUUUGGCUAACUCUGAUCCUCUGUUUGUUCACAUUCGUUUCCUCAACUCCACCGGAUGAUCCGGUCAAAUGUGAGUCCGGAAACACAACAUGCACCGUUACUAACUCGUACGGAUCCUUUCCCGACCGCUCUAUAUGCGAAGCUGCAAAAGUGGAGUACCCACAAUCGGAGGCUGAGCUCGUCUCGGUGGUCGCUGAGGCCACUAGAGCCAGCAAAAAAAUGCGGGUCUUGACUCGGUACUCUCACAGCAUCCCCAAGCUGGUUUGCACGGACGGCAAGGACGGGAUACUCAUAAGCACCAAGUUCUUAAACCACGUGGUUCGAGCGGAUCCAACGGCUGAGACUUUAACCGUCGAGAGUGGCGUGACGCUAAGGGAUCUGAUAGGAGAAGCGGCUAAGUUGGAGCUGGCUCUGCCAUACGCUCCCUACUGGUGGGGCCUCACGAUCGGAGGAAUGAUGGGGACAGGGGCCCAUGGAAGCUCUCUCUGGGGCAAAGGCAGUGCCGUACACGACUACGUGACGGAGAUACGAAUCGUGAGUCCUGGUUCGGCUUCUGAUGGCUAUGUGAAGGUUCGGGUUCUUAAUGAGACUAUGAAUCUUGAAGAAUUUAACGCAGCCAAAGUUUCUUUAGGCGUUCUUGGUGUGAUCUCUCAGGUAACAUUCAAGCUGCAGCCAAUGUUCAAGCGGUCUCUAAGGUUCGUCAUGAGGAACGAUACGGAUCUCGGAGAUGAAGCCGUGGUUUUUGGGGAAAGUCAUGAGUUCGCCGACUUUCUCUGGUUGCCGAGCCAGGGAAAAGUCGUGUUCCGAAUUGAUGAUAGAGCUCCUGCCAACCUUACAGGCAAUGGCGUGUUCAGUUACUUCCCAUUCCGUUCACAAGUCUCUGCGCUCUUAGCCAUCGCCAGAUCCUUAGAGGAGCGUGACGAGUCGUCGGGUAAUGGAAACAACAAGUGUCUGAGAGCAAAGGGUGUAACAUCUUUUUUGUUUGGAAUCUCCUACGGUGUGACCAAUAACGACUUUAUAUUUACAGGCUAUCCAGUUAUUGGAAGCCAAGGCCGUAUGAUGUCCUCCGGUGGAUGUCUAGACAGCCAUCAAAAUGGGCUUUUCACGGCUUGUCCGUGGGAUCCACGCAUAAAGAGCCAAUUCUUUCAUCAGACGACAUUUAGUGUUCCUCUGACUCAUGUCAAAGACUUCAUCAACGACGUCAAAGAACUUGUGAAGAUCGAACCCACAUCACUCUGCGUCCUUGAGCUCAACAACGGUAUUCUGAUGCGCUAUGUCACAUCGUCUCCUGCUUUUCUUGGGAAAGAAGAGAAAGCUCUAGACUUCGACCUAACUUACUACCGAAGCAAAGAUGAUCCUUUGGCACCGCGUCUCUACGAGGAUUACGUCGAAGAGAUCGAGCAAAUGGCCGUCUUGAAAUACAAUGCUUUGCCACACUGGGGGAAAAAUAGGAACCUUGCGUUUGAUGGUGCCAUUAGAAAGUAUAAGAACGCUAAAGCGUUUUUGAAAGUAAAGGAGAGAUUUGAUCCGUCAGGGUUGUUUUCUACAGAAUGGACAGAUCAGGUUCUAGGGCUAAAAGGAAACGUAACAAUUGUGAAACCAGGAUGCGCUUUAGAAGGGCUCUGUAUUUGCUCGGAGGACUCACAUUGUGCUCCGAACAAAGGCUAUCUGUGUCGUCCUGGUAAAGUCUAUAGAGAAGCUAGGGUUUGUACUCGAGUAAGCUCUUGA